GUCAAAGUUCAGGAGGCGUCCCUCUUCGUCGUAAAAUAAUAAAUAAAUAAAGAACAAUAUUUUGAUACACGACUGUUGUUUUUAGAGAACAAGUAUUUGGCGCAUAUUGUAAAAAAGUGAAUAAUUCAUUCAGGCAAAACAAUGGCGAAUUCACAAUUCGCCCUUACAUCAAAACUGCACGAAAAGAAUAUCUGUACUGGUUUAAGUAAUUUGCAACAAAAUGGAGAAUUUGUGGACAUGACUCUAGCAGCAGAUGGUCACCAUGUAAAAGUGCAUCAAGUAAUACUAGCACUAGCUAGUCCAUAUAUCAAAGAUCUAAUCUCUUCAGUGCAAUGUCAACAUCCAGUUAUAUUUCUUAAUAAAAUAUCAUACACAACACUUGCUGCUAUGCUAGAGUACAUUUACACAGGUGAAGUUUUGGUUACAGUUGAUAAUUUAAGAGAACUGGUUGAAGCAGGUAAAGAACUUCACAUAAAAGGCUUGGAGGAUAUGGUAUGUACAGUUUCAAUAUAUAUAUAUAUGUCGCAGCCAUAUAGCUUACUUAGCCUUUCAGUUAAAAGUCUAGUCUCUUCACUAAACGGCGCCGUUCAUCGAGCGGCCUGAAAGAUAUUCAGCAAAUGAGUAUAAUACAACAUUACUUAUGUCUUGUAAUAUCAGCGACAGUAGGUCAAGUUGUGGCUGAGGUGGUCCUUGGGCCACCCUAACGCCGCGUACAUUUAUAUAAUAGUACAUAGCACAUAAUUAGGCACAGACCAGCAAAUGUCUCAUUGUAUGAAAUUAAUGGGGUGACCUUGCCAUGUAAUAUCUUGGCUGUUAACUGAAAAGCUAAUUAAGCUAGAUGGCUGCGACAUAUACAUGAUAUCGACAACAAUACACAACAGCAACAGCUGACUUCAAAGAAUGAAGAAGAAUAAAAUACUUGCACAUGUGAAGUAUAGGGCUUUAUAUCUUCUUUACCCAAAGUCCUUAAAAGGCGGCUUUUACUUUUUAUUGAAAGUUUAUUAUUUUGAAGACAGUGUAUUAAACCCCAUCAACCUUUGCCUUGUAAAAAAUUAUGUAAGUACAUAAAUCUUCAGUGGCUAAACUACUGUUUGUAUUUGAUUACUUUUCAUAAUGAUUUCUUAUAUUUACGCGAACACUACACAUUGAAUAAAACUAUUUUUAUGUAAUACUACAUAAGAGUUGCUGGUAUGGUUGCCCGGGCUUCGCACGGGUGAUUUAUGUAUCUGGACAACAGUACCACCUACUGGGUCCAAUUGAAAUUUGUUUAAACCAGUUAGGGACCCAGUCAAACCUACACUAAAAAUUUCAUCAAAAUUAGUCCUGCCGUUUUCGAGUUUUUGCGAGACUAACGGACAGCAAUUGAUGUUUAUACAAAUUACUGUUUGAACUGUAUUUUGCAAUUACCAGCCAAAUUUGCAGAGAAGGUUCAGAAUAAGUAAUGUAGGCAAAUGGUGAAUAAAAAUUAAUAAAAAAAUCUCAAACUUUCUGUAAUUUUUAUCUUUUAAAUUCAAAUGGUAAUUCAUUAUUUUAACUGAUUUUACUUCGCACGCACACAUUCGUAAACCCUUACGGUCAGAAAAGUACUUUGUUGCGCAUCUUCCUGCGCCCGUUCUACCGUUACACCGAAAGUCCUAUGUAUGCUCGACCGGCCGACAGCUGACAGUGUGGACCGUGACCUCAUUACGUACGUUUCGUUGCCAAUGUCGUAACGAAAAUAUUCGAACCGCGGAUACUAUGAAACUGUAAACUGGUGAUUAUACAUGUGAAGAAUUACAUUUUAAUCAAUGAAAGUUUUCGUGGUACAUACAAAGAUACUAAAGUGAGUUUUUACCGCGGUGAGAUAUUAGCGUACGUGUCGUACCAAUCGAAUCAAACCAUUCAAGUGCAGUGAGCGAUAAAUAGUGAAUCUACAAACUCGCGUGAACUUUAACCGUGUUUACGUCAAAGAGGUGUCCAAAGUUAUUAAAACCGCAACAGUAAAAUUAUAAUAGUAGUAACUCCGGGCAUCGUACAGUGCAGACGUGUUUUGCUUUUCUAUAAAAUAUUAAUCUUAACUACCAGGCUACAUACAAACGUAUUACCUGUAGCAAUAGUGCUCUAAUCAGUUUAAUCACUGUGACAAUAACUGCGACGGAGCGUGUUUGAAAAAGACAGCCACUACUACGUGAGUCAUUUCAUACCUUACCGUGUUGAUACACAGAUAUAAGAUGAAUAUUCUACGCUCGCCUACAAGAAGUGACAUGAGAGAUACACUUAGCGAUUCACAACUUAAUGAGUCUAAUAUAAUCACUUUUCGUAAUAAAAGAAAAUUACCAGAAGAUAACGACGACAUAACAGUAAUAAAAAAGGAAGUAUGUGAAUUGACUAACAAAAUGUCGCAGAUAAUGUCGAUGCUUACUACAAUUUGCACUAAUCAAAAAGAAUUCAUGGAAAAAAUAUCUUCAGAUGUAGCAGAUUUGAAAAAAGAAAUCAAUGAUAUGAAAUUAACUAUAAACCAUGUUAAUACAGAAAACGAAAUAAUAAAAACUGAUAUUUCAAAUUUAUUAGAGAAAAACAAAAACAGUGAACAGAAGAUCUGCCAUCUUGAAUCCGAAAUUAAAAGCUUUAAAAUUACUACAGGAACAUCUUCCCUAUCUUACGGAACCGAAAAAAUUAUGGCAGAAAUAAGUGAGCGCGAACAAAGAAGCAAAAAUAUCGUUAUCAUUGGAAUCUCUGAAAAUGCAGCAUUGGAUAAAGAACAUAGAACAGAGUUUGACAAAGGUGAAGUUAUUAAAAUAUUAAAAACAAUAGAUGCAACUUGUCCUUUACCGAAAAAAAUCCUACGACUUGGUAAGUAUACAUCUGGUAAACAUCGCCCAAUCAAAAUUUUCUUUGAAUCUCAAGAUGUCGUUAAAUUCUUAUUGAAGAAUAAGACAAAGCUGAAUGAUGAUACAAUAAGGCUAUAUUCAGACCAAACACCGCAACAAAAAUUAUACCUAAAGGAGCUUACUCAAGAGUUAAAUGAUAGAAUAAAAAAGGGAGAAGAAAAUAUUUCAAUUAAAUAUUCGAAAAAUGUGCCAAGAAUAGUUAAAAGCGUCUCAAAAAACUCAAAACAAUAAGAAAUUGUAGUAAUAAUACAGAAGAUAACAAAGUAAACACUUACCAACUAGUUGACGACUACGAGCACAUUGUCUCAUAUAAGAAAUCAUUAAAAAUAUACUAUGCUAACAUACGCAGCAUUGUCACACCAGGAAAGUUUGAUGAGUUACAAUGCCUACUAAAAAUGUUUAAAAAUACUGUCAACAUCAUUAUUUUAACUGAAACUUGGAUAAAAUCCGAAGCAGAAGCAAAACGUUUUGUCAUCCCUAACUACAGCCACUAUUAUAAUUUCAGAAACACAGGAAGAGGUGGUGGUGUAUCAAUUUUUGUUCACAAGGAUUUGAAGCACUGCCACGUCAGCGACACCAAUUUGGAUGGUAACCAUUUCCUUUGGAUUCAUCUCGAAAAAUAUUGUCUAGAUGUUGGAACCGUAUACAGAAAACCAGACGCGAAUAUAAAACAAUUUUUGGAUGAAUAUUCUGCACAAAUAAAUAAACAUAAAAGAGCAAUUAUUAUUGGUGAUUUUAAUUUUAAUCUACUGUCCAAAGAUCGUGGAACCCUAGCUUACAAAGAAAUUUUGGAAGAAAAUGGUUACAGAAUUAUAAAUAAGAUAGACCGAAAUUUUUGUACUAGGGAAACUGAAACAACUAAAUCUAUUAUUGACCAUCUAUGUACUAACCUUAAUGAUAAAUAUUUUCACUUUGCUAUUUUAGAGUCACCCAUUUCAGAUCACAAACAAAUAUAUAUUGAGAUUAAAAAGUAUGUGCCGGUUCCUCUAAGUAAAUUACAAUAUGAAGCUGUAAACUACGCGAAACUUUAUGCAACUAUGCAGAAUGACAAAGAAACAAAUGAAUCUAAAUCAUAUGAUAAAUUAGAAGAAAGGCUGUUAGACAGUAUAAGAAAGAGUAUCAUUAAUAAACAAAAGAUUUUAAACCCCCCACGACAAGAUUGGAUAAAUAAGGAAAUAAUCAAUGAAAUAAAUAACAGAAAUAUUCUGUGGAAACAAUAUAAACAGAACCCCAAAAAUCUUGUUAUAAAAAAUAAAUUUAUAGAGAAAAGAAAUGAAGUCACAG